AUGGAGAGCGCCGCCGUGUUCGCUGGUCCUCAUGCCACCCCGACUCACCUCUUCCUCCCGUCGCGUACCCGUUCGACGCUUCUCUCUCCUCUCUUCGCCGACAAUUCACACUUUUCUCCUCCGUCUCUCAAGCUUCAGAAGCAGUCACUUUUCGCUUCUUCUUGUAAUGAUUGUAAUCUUACCCCUGUUCGAGUGGCCUCACCCGCAAGCAAUGCAACAGUGGAAUUGGCCGACAUUGAUUGGGACAACCUUGGAUUUGGACUUAAUCCUGCUGAUUAUAUGUUUAUCAUGAAAUGUUCUCAAGAUGAAAAUUUUUCUAAAGGCAAAUUACAGCGUUUUGGAAACAUUGAAUUGAGCCCAUCAGCUGGGGUCUUGAAUUAUGGGCAGGGAUUAUUUGAAGGUUUGAAAGCGUACCGGAAACAUGAUGGAAAAAUUUUACUGUUUCGUCCUGAAGAAAACGCAUUGCGGUUGAGGACAGGUGCAGAGCGUAUGUGCAUGCCUUCACCAACUGUUGAACAGUUUGUAGAAGCUGUUAAGGUCACUGUUUUAGCAAAUAGAAGAUGGGUACCCCCUCCAGGAAAAGGCUCCUUAUAUAUUAGGCCUUUGCUUAUGGGGAGUGGAGCUGUCCUUGGUCUUGCACCAGCUCCUGAGUACACGUUUGUGAUUUAUGUUUCUCCUGUUGGUAACUAUUUCAAGGAAGGUUUGGCACCGAUUAAUUUGGUUGUUGAGACUGAAACUCAUAGAGCAACCCCUGGUGGUACUGGAGGUGUAAAGACCAUCGGAAACUAUGCUGCGGUUCUAAAGGCACAAUCUAUUGCAAAAGCUAAAGGCUAUUCUGAUGUUCUCUACCUUGAUAGUAUUCACAAAAGAUAUUUGGAAGAGGUUUCCUCUUGUAAUGUGUUCGUCGUGAAGGGAAAUGUUAUAUCUACUCCUGCCAUAAAGGGGACCAUCCUGCCUGGCAUUACACGAAAGAGUAUAAUCGAUGUUGCUUCCAGCCAAGGAUUCCAGGUUGAGGAGCGACUGGUAACCGUGGAUGAAUUGCUUGCUGCCGAUGAAGUUUUUUGCACGGGAACAGCAGUGGUUGUAUCUCCUGUUGGCAGCAUAACUUAUCUUGGUAAAAGGGUAUCUUAUGGAAGUGACGGGGUUGGCCACGUGUCUCAACAAUUGUAUUCUGCACUUACUAGUCUACAGAUGGGUCUUACAGAGGACAAAAUGGGUUGGACCGUGGAGCUGACGUAG